AUGAAUUGUGAAAAUCAUAAUAUUAAAUCCACUCAUAUAUGUUUUCAUUGCAAAAAGUUGAUUUGCAAACAACAUUGUUUUUGUGAUCAUUUCAAAAAAACUCAUCGAGAACAGUUAGAUAAAAUAGAUUUAUAUUUAAAUGACGUAGAAGAUAUCAAAGAGUAUUUAAAUAAAUUUUUUCAAAAAAAUCAAAAAAAUCAACAAAAUCAACAAAAUCAAUCAGAAAUAUUCAUCGAGUUCUUAGCAGAAUCAAUUUGGAAAGUACUCAAAAUUUCAACGGAUCGAUAUCUUUACAUGUUGGAAUCAGAAAAAGAGAUAGCAGAGUAUUUCAGGAAAAUACACAAGUACUUUACAGAUCUAGAGGCAAAGUUUAAAAGAUCCAUUUUUGAAAACAAGGACAAAUUAAAAACACAAAUCAAUAGUAAAGUAAAAGAUUUACAAGAGUUUAUAAAGAUAGCAAUAGUAAAUAGUGAAAUAAGUACAAAUAACAAUAAUAAUAAUAACAGCAACAAUAACAACAACAAUAGUAACAGCUUAAAUGGUGCAAUAGAUAAUAACAGUAGUGAUGAUAUGGAUUGCAGUCAAUCAGAAACAAAAUCAAAGGAGGAGCCCAGUCAAGAUCGAGCCGAACAAUAUUCAAUAGAAUACAUAGCGAAAUCAAUUUCAAAUAGCUCGAAUAUACAGUCGUUUGUUAAUGCCAACAGCCAGACUUUGUUCAAUCAUAAUGUGGACGAUACUAUUAAUAUUUUACGAGAACUUCACAAAGAUGACACAGAUUCAAUAUUAUUGGAUGUCAUUCUUAAAUACAUGAAAGAACCCAAUAACCCAGCAGCAGACCUAAUCAGCAAUAACUUCGACAGCGACCAAUACUAUAAUGACAUUAGGCUAUGUAUUAAGGAUAUUGAUUUCAGUAGAUUCGGCCCGAUCAUACAACAAACAAUAGGUUUAGUGGCGUCAACACUUCCCCCAAGUAAAACCGAUUUACAAGGAAACUACAUCAUGUCUACGUACCAAUCAAACGAUGCCACAAAGAUUGAAGGAGGAGUCACUCUUAUCAACACAUCAAACAACAAAUCCGAGGAAUUCGCUAUUGGACAUUGUUUUAAAAUGACUUAUUCAUCGAAUAUAACAAUUGGUGAAAAUAUCUACAUAUUCGGUGGUAAAAAUAAUAUAAAUCAAUGGCGCAGGAUUUCAAUCAAAGAUAAAUCGACUAUCUUCGGUGAGAUGAUUGGAAUCCAAGGUGAUUGCUUUAUAUCAGUUUGUUAUGAUGGUCAAGAUCAUAUCUAUUUGGUUAAUGGUUUCAAAACCAAUAGAAUCGACCGAUUCAAUAUCAAGACAAUGCAAUUCGAUCAAAAAUAUUUUCAAUUUACAGUGGAUUAUGGUCAACAGGUAUCCUCGAUGAUCUUCAAAGCUUGUCACGAUAACAAUGGUACGUUCUACAUUCAUUCACGAGAUCCAGAAGUGCAAUUCAUCCGAUACAAUGUUGAAAGCACUCCAAAGGUAACCAACAAUCUACAGUUAAUUCCUGACUUAACCCGGGAGAAUGCAUACUUGAUGCUGAUGUAUCAGCGUGAAUCUUCAACAUCAAGUUUUGUCUACACAUUUGGUGGUACUAAAUAUGGUAAUUUCAGAUAUUCGAUUGAAGAUAAACUAUGGGAACAAUACUUUAUGAAUAAUGAAAAAGAUGGAAAAGAAAGGUUGUGCAAAGUAUUCAGGAAAUACACGAGUUCAUUCGCCGAAGGAGAUAAUAACAAAAAAUUGAUAAUAGUUACACUUUCUUAA